AUGGAGCAAGAAAUUAUAUCCCAGACGUUAAAAAUGUUCAAUAAGCUACGGCUUGCCGGACAGCUCUGUGAUGAGGUCCAUGUGGCCAACGAUGUUAAAUUAGAUGCCCACAGAAUAAUUCUGUUUGGCUGUAGCCCCUUUUUCCAGGCGAUGUUCACUGGCGCCUGGAAUGUUCUGGGAAAGCGCGAGUAUAAAUUCCCAGGCAUUUCCCCAGAAACGAUGAAGCACAUCAUCGAGUACGCCUACACGUACUCUGUGCUCAUCACGGUAGACAAUGUGGAGAGUCUCCUGGUGGCCGCUGAGGAGUUGAAUAUCCUGGGCAUCGUGCAGUGCUGCAGUGACUUCCUGCUUAACCAGCUCUGUCUCGAGAAUUGCGUUGGCCUUCUCAAAAUCGCCGAUAUCUACUGUCUCAACCAGCCGCACCAGUAUGCCUUCAGCUCAAUCCUGAAGAACUUCAAGGAGGUGGUCAGCACCUCAGAGGAGUUCCUGGAGCUCACCCUGCAACAGCUCUGUGACAUAAUUGUAAAGGAGGAGCUGAACGUUAGACAGGAGGAUGUGGUCUUUGACGCCGUCCUCCACUGGAUCCAGCACAAGCCGGCCAGCUGCAAGGCCCACCUUUUAGUGCUGUUGCCCAAGGUGCAGAUGGCUCGCAUGAAUCCAGAAUACUUUAUUAAGACUGUCAAAAACAAUGAUCUGCUGAAGGCUGAUGUGGCGUGCAGUACCAUUGUCAGUGACGUCUUGAAGGCCAUGUAUGAACUCCACUUUAAAAGUCCAUGUUCUGACUUUCAAAACCCAGUGAUGUGCCCACACCUGCCUUCUGAGAUCUUGCUGGCCAUUGGUGUCUGGAGACACCAUCCAACCAACUGGGUUGAAGCCUACGACAGCCGGGGCGACCGCUGGGUGGAUACCACGCAAGAGAAGAUGCCCCCCUUGUCCUUCCACGGCACCGUGUACCUCAAAGGAUAUGUUUACUGCAUCGGGGGGCAUGACGGCCCGUCCUGCAUCAAUACCGUGCGCAGGUUCGACCCCAUCACACGGACGUGGAAGCGGGUGGCCCCAAUGAACCCGCGCCACUGUUACGUUAGCAUGGCUGUGCUUGAUGGCUUCAUUUAUGCCAUGGGCGGCUUAGACGGCUCCAGACGCCUCAACACAGCUGAGCAGUAUAACCCAGACACUGACGAAUGGACCGUUGGUGGUACCAAUGAGUCUCGGCUCCUGCGGAGCAUGGAGGCCUAUGAUCCUCUGACCAGUCGCUGGCAUGCUGUGGCCCCCAUGUUCAUGCCACGUGGCAACUUUGGCAUCGAGGUGGUAGAUGGCCUGCUAUUCGUGAUGGGCAGAACCAACGGGUUCAGAGUCUCUAACAAGGUGGAGUGCUAUGAUGCAGAGACAGGCAGCUGGUACCGCGCCCAGAACAUGUGCACAGCCAACAGAUACUUUAGCUGCUGUGUAAUGCCCACACGUCCUGGCAUCAUAUAA